UUCUCGCCUAUCAAAAAUUUAGAAUCGCUCUUCUCACCGGAGCUAUGUCGAAUUUUACGACGAGUUUCGUAUCGAUGCUUGGUCGGUUGAGUGCUCCUAGUACGAAUUAAACUCCGGAUGUUUAUGCAAAUUCGUAGUUUUACGAACACUGUGCUUUCACUGCAGACAACUUUCGACGAAACAGUUGAAAUGAGCGGUUCCAGGGUCUGGCAGUUGGUCCUGUUCCUGAUUGUAUCUUCUUCGAGGGUAUUCUCAGCGGACAACGUGUGUUCGAGGAUGGAAAACUAUACGAUCACUUCGAUGGAAACGUACACGGAACCGGUUGUCGUCAACACGUUCACUUGGUGCCUGCAGAUUCCACCCAGGUGUCCGAAGACACGAACGGAGAUGAGGCAACGAUACCGCGUGAAGACCGAGUCAAAGACCAGGAUUAUAAAGGAAUGCUGCGAAGGCUACAAAACGAUCUCAUCCAAUAACGAGGAGGCAUCGCCUUCGGGCUUCAAAUGCGUGCCUGUCUGUGAAAAAUGCCCGUCGGGAAUUUGUACCUCGCCAAAUCGGUGCCACUGUAUUCCCGGCUAUGAGGAUGACAGCUGCGAUACCGUAUGUCCGCCGGGAACGUGGGGCUUGGAGUGCAAAGAGAAAUGCAACUGUACCGAGAAUGUACCUUGCAAUCCCGUAAAUGGACACUGUGUUUGCCCGCCAGGAUUACGUGCAGAAAUGUGCAAUGAGCCGUGUCCGAGCGGUCGCUGGGGACCUGGAUGUGCGUUUCUAUGCGACUGCAAGGAUUCGAUCGACGAAUGUCAUCCUGAAACAGGUCGAUGCGUUCACGAUGAUCUGGAUAACACGGUCUCCGUGGAGAACAGCAGCUAUUCCCGAAACGCGGACGAGGGAAACAGCGUUACCGUCAAUUUCACGAUCGUUCAACUUGAUAGGGAGACCUCGCGAAUUUUGGAAACGGCAGAAACUACCACGAAAGAUAUGCACGAAAUACUCGCCACGACGGAUAAUCCUAGUAAAACAACGAAUCUGGAAACUACCAACGUCUCGACCACGGAUGAGAAGAAAAUUGGGGCACAAGCUCGCGACGACGGAAACUCGAGCACCGCCAAGCCUGUCAUCGUUUGGGUUUCCGUACCGGAACGGAGGGGCAACCUGGACAGGGAUCGAGGGAAAUUCGCGAUGAAAAACUCUUUUGCGAGACACGUCGAUGAUAACAUCGAUCUGCAGGAUAUCGGUCCGCCUAAAAUCGAUUAUGUCAAAAAUAUACAUAAAGACGUUCAACCGGCCCCAAUUUCCAUGGACAUCGCUCUAAUCGUGAUAGCAUCGAUCGUAUCACUGGGUCUGACCUCGGUAACGGUGGUGAUGGUUCUCCACAUGCGUUCGAAGCUAUUGGAAGCAACAAGAAUCUCGAUCUACGAAGAAGGGAAGACGAAGAACCAAGAAAAUUCGAGCGCAACGAAAAUCUCAUCGAUAGUCACCGGUACUCUUCCCCAAACUCCAAUUCGCCUAGUGCCACUGUUUGCUCCCGAGUCUAUAGCGAUGCCAUCGAUGACUAACAACGAUCUCACGAGCAACUAUGCCAAUGGAGCUGCCACGAUCGGUCUCCGUAUAUCUGGCAAUUUGCACGGUCUUCUGCAAGAGGAUCAUUACGAUCGACCAUCAGCGACGCGGAUUCACCUCCAAAGCGACUUCGACUCGAACACGGAGCACGUUUACGACGAAAUUCCCCUACAGUCGAGUCCCUUGAAUUUCCGUAAAAACACGUGAUUGGAAAAUAACGUCGAAUUAGAAAAAACACAACGCUUUGGAUAGAAAACUGUAGCUAGAAAUCACUCUGAUGCGUGAAAGAGUAAAGGAGAAAUUUACGAGGGAUCGAAUAGCUCAAUUAGUGACACGUUUAAUCAAAAACAAUCUCUAUUCGUAGAAACAAGACGGAAGAAUGCGAGUUGAAUUGAAAGCGUAAUGAACGCGCGAUCUAAAGUGGAACUAACAAUAGGCCGCGCUCUGAAUAGAAAAUCCCAAAUGUCUGGUUAAGAAUUUCUCCAUUAUUCCGAAUAUCAAAGAAGAAAUCUACGAACAACCAGUAGCUCGACUAGCGUCGCAUUUAGUUAGAAAAGUUCUUAAAUAUUUGAGGAACGAAAACGGAAAGAAAGUGAAUAAAGUGUCAGGGACGUUUAUGCGCGGUUGUUUAAGAGUCACGUUCACGUGCGAUUCCGGAGGCGGAUGUGAGCUAGCCAGCGCGUCUACGGGACGAAGAAAAAUCCAACUGGACUGGUUUCCGACCUUACGCAGCCUCGUCUGAACGUGAGCAAGGCUGAACGUGAUCGCGAUCGGUUCUCGAUCAGGCGGAAAACCGUUCGUGGCACCGAUUAAACUAUUCGCUACGGGGCGUGUACCCACAAGGAGACUUUUCCUCGAACUCGUUCGCGUCGAUCGGCGACCAUCGAAAACCCUUUGAACGCGUUUACGUCAGCCGCCAACGCACAUGCACGCAAUUCGAUUAAUCUAAAUGUCACAAGGGGAAAUUCUACGUUAAAUAAUUUGCUUUUAAAUAAUUUUUAAGCGAAACGAUAUAUCUUGUAACAUAACAUGUAACGUAUCGUGCGGAUUGCAACGUUUUUAUAUUUAUUAUACGAACGAUUAAGUAUAUUUAUUAUAUGAAAUUUUCUCGUUUUCUUAUUCCGUAUAAUAAAUAGAAAAACAGGAGAAAUCUAUAUCGCAACGUGUACGAGAUACGCAUAUGUCUAUGCCGCGUAAAUGUAACUUAGAAAAUAAGGAAACGUAAAAUAUCUGCGCGGGUCAGGACCGAUCCAACUUUUGCCAUUGGAGGCUUUAAAAUGUACCAAGUAAUUUAAUCCGCGUUUCUCAAGGAUAUGUUAUCGAUUUAGACGAAACGAACAUUAUCGUAGAUGUAGAUAGGUGUCUCGUAAGUGUUAAAGCCAAGCGUAAAUCCAAAGAUUUCGAGAUUGAAGCAAAGAGCUCGCUUCAAACGUAAUCCAAAGUUUGCGUUUAAGAUUUGUCUAGCAGCAUCUCGAUUACAUUUAUAUCUUCGUUUAUGCGCUGACAUCAUCGAUAAUAAUAGAUUCACUUGGAAUCCGUGUCAUGCGUUUAACGAACGUCGUAGCGACGUUCGGUAAGAAGAGAAAAUAUGGAAACAGAUAAGUCGUAAUUAGGAUAGAGCUUGCGUAAUCGUAUUGGUAUCAGCGUGUCCAAUUCUUGAACCAAGCGUUACCACGAUUAAACAAUAUUCUCGUAAUCUUUGCCUUCGUCGUAAUCUGGCCGAUUUCUCGUUACAUUCUCGGGAGUUUUAUAAUUUUAUCGACCUUGGCAUACGUUGUCAAGGUCAACUUUCUCAUUAAUUUCGUUUGUACAUAUAGUCAUCGCGCAUCUUUUGUUUCGAUUUUAGUAUAAACAUGUACGCAAAAAUAUUUUUUAAGUUUACGUCGAGUUUAGAUUACGUAAUAUCGAAAAAUUCAAUUGUAAGGCUAUCGCGAGACUAUCGCAGAAGAAAUAAAAAUUCUGCUACAUGGACAAUUGAUAUCGGAUUAAUAAAGUGUGCUCUUUUUU